AAAAUGCCAUCAAAAAAUGUACGUCAUGUUCGAAAGCAUUAAACGCACUCACUGUUGAGACUGUUGAAUGUAAUUCGCUUCGCUCGACCGUCCAACGACCGAUUCGUUAUUGGAAUUGACGUUUAGGGCAUUGUUUGUGUUAUGUUUCUUCAUUCGUCAUCGUGAACAUAACAAAGAAUCGAAUCGACCGACGUAAUCUCUCAGUGUUGAAUGGAAUACACGGUUUGCCCUGCCACAAAAAUACAUUGAUUCGAAAGUGUGUGCGGAGUGUAGCUAAGGACGAUCGCACCUUUGUCGAAACGGCAACGACGACAACGACAGCUGUUUAUUGUUUAUUAUCAUCUAGCGAUUUUUUUUCUCUCUCUACUGAUCCAAACGAUUUAAAUCGGGGAGUUUUUUUUGUGUAUUUGUGUGGCGCUCUUUUAUAUUUGGUUCGUCGCACAUAAUUUGGCAAUAAGUUCUGUGUUAUAUUUGUUCGCUAGUUUUCUUUUGCCUGGGUACAAACUAUAGUUUUCAUUUCGUAUCAUAAGCAAAGACUUAUCUCGUCAAGAACAAAAACGAAAAUACUUACAACGGGCUGUAACAUAGUUGUAGUUAUUCGACUGAUGCAAUAUAUUUAAAAGUAACACGCAUUACAACGCUGACACAUGUAGAACUUCGUCGUUUGCAUUUUUUUUACAUUAGCAACACGAAAAAACAAACGGAACAAGUGACGUUUUUAUAAAGAAUUGCGUUUUUUUUUUGUAAAAAAUAAAAAAAGUCUGCAAAAAUAAAAUCCACUCGCAUAUCGUUUCACAUGAAGUAGAAAGACGAAUUCAUGGAUCCGUUGAAUAGCAUUCUUAAGGCAUAUCUACGCGGUGUUUGGGACAGUCUCAAUGGUGUGUGGCUAAUAGUAAUCGUUAUUCGGGACACAUAUAGCAGUACAGCGCUAAAAAAUGAGAAACAGGACAGUGAAUUGGAUGAAAGUAGCUCGAGUUCAAAUAACACACACACUAGCAAACGACCCACUCGACGUUCUCAUGCAAACAAACGUGAACUCAACAAACUCAAAGAAGAAUCCAAUUUAUUGAAGCGAGUCUUUCAGUGCUGUCUAUUGAAUGGCGGUUUCUUUGGCCUUAGCAUCACGUUGUUUGAAUAUGUUUUACUUCCAAUCAUUCGAAUGUUCCUGAGAUGGAUGUUUACACAGAAUCCGGGCAGUGGUGCUAUCAUUGGCAAUUAUAUUGUCACAUUUCUAUCGAUUCUAUUCGGUAUGAUUUGGGUCAUGCCACUGUUUAUCUUGAGCAAAAUCGUCAAUAGUUUAUGGUUUCAGGAUAUUGCUGAUUCAGCAUAUAAGGUUCGCAAAGGUCAACCGCAGCUAUUUGUGAGUUUCAGCGUUAUCAUAGCCGAUACGCUGUUUUCGUUGCUCGUGCAAACGUUGUUCCUAAUCCAGAGCAUGGUCGUAAAUUUGUUACCAUUCAAUUACUUCUACUUUUUAACAUAUUUUCACUUGAGUUUGCUGUAUUCACUGUAUUCGUUCGAGUACAAAUGGUGUAACAUGGGCUGGGAACUGCAUAAGCGGCUAACCUAUAUCGAAAAUCAUUGGCCGUAUUUCCUUGGCUUUGGCACCAUUUUGACAAUUCUCACGCAAUUGACAUCGUCAAUCUUUAUCAGUGGUUGCAUCUUUGCUGUAUUCUUUCCGUUCAGUAUACUCAGUGCGAAUGAAGCAACGCCAGUUGAAGCGUCAAUUAACUAUCCGCUGAAGUUUUUCAGCAUCGUCGUAGCCAUAUCGAAUGCUCUCUUCAAUAAAACGAUUCGACCGGCAAAUGUGCCAAUGUCAAGGGCUGCCAUGGAUGCAGCAAUCACAGCGGCCAAUGCAAACGAUACAUUUCGUACGAUAAGACAACAAACACCGCCAGUGAAUGUAUCGCAUAGUCGAAAUCAGUCAUCGCAUCAUUCGGGUACACAUCGCCACUAUAGAUAAAAAUGAUUCACAAUCCUAUCUAUUCUAUACCUAUUAAUAACGAAUAUUCGAAUUGACAAAUGAAUUGCCUUCUAUUUUAUGUUUUUUUCUUCUUGGAAAUGAACAAGAAUGACAGCAGUUUGUCCCUUUUUUGCGCGAUGGAACAGACUUAAAUGUUUAGUUUCUUUUCCACUUUUGUACCAUACACAUAUUUGAGAUAAAUGUUGCACGGUCAACACGAUUAGAACAAGUAAUUGGUACCGGUUGUAAGGUUUAAUUAGCAAAUUGCGGAAGAAAUGAACAUAUUGCUUUUUUUUAUUACGCGAAUCAAUAGCUUACACUAAUGUUAAAUGUAAUAUUUUAAAAAUAUUUAUUGACUUUUUUUUUGUAAAAUUUGCUAUGAAAUUGUCAACCUUUUUGUAUCUUCACGUAUAUUGUUAUCCAUAAGUCGAAUAAAAUAUUAUGGUGCUCAA